CUCCACUCACCCGAACAUCUCCCACAAUGGCCGUCAAACCAAUCACUGGUAUGCUUCGGCGCAGAAUCGUGCUCGAUAUAUCCGUUGCUCUCGGAUUCGGUGUUGCUGCUGGCUACACCUGGUGGUAUGGCUACCACCUCCCCGCUGUCCGCCACCGCGAUUCGUUCUACCAGAAGAUUGAGGACGAGCGGGCCCGCGCCCUCGGCCAGCAGUAAACGGCUUUGCACUCGCUGUUAAAGAAAGGCCUUUCCUAUGUUCGAUAUGGGUGGAUGCAUAGAAGGGAGGUGGAGCUUGAGGGAUGGUUUUGUAUCAUAGGAGGGUCGGGAUUCUUGGUCUUCCGUGCGAUAUCAAAUUAAGACAAGCUUCCUCGUACGACUUAAGCUCUGAUGUCACGCUACACUAGCCGCCUGUUGCCAUUUUGUGCCUCUUUGCAAAGCAUUGAGAAAUGGAGGCCAUGAAAAG